AUGCGCGGUGGUAGAGGGGGCGGCCGCGGUGCUGGUGGUGGCGGCUUUGGCCGUGGCGGUAGAGGACGGGGAGCUUUCGGCGGCGGCGGCGGUGGUGGACGCGGCGGGGGUCGUGGCUCCGGCCGUGGCGGUCGCGGAGGAGGCCGAGGUGGGGGCCGCGGAGGUGGACGAGGCGGAGGCAAAGCCGGCGGUGGGAUGAAGGGCAACAUAUUCCAACCCCAUGCUCGUAUGCGUGGCUGCUACCUCCUUGCGGGUAAAGACACUCUUGCCACAAAGUCACUCGUACCUGGUGUCUCCAUAUACGGUGAGAAGCGCGUAAGCGGUACAAUUGCCGGAGAGACCGAGUCCUGCGAGUUCCGCGUGUGGAAUCCAUACCGGUCGAAACUUGCGGCGGCGAUUUACGCUGGUGUUGCUCAGAUAUACAUGGAACCGGGCUCAACAGUGUUAUACCUGGGUGCUGCCAGUGGGACAACUGUUAGUCAUGUGUCUGAUUUGGUGGGUCCGGAGGGUGUUGUGUACGCUGUGGAGUUCUCACACCGUAGCGGGCGUGACCUGGAGGAGAUGUCGAAACGUCGGAGUAAUAUUGUCCCGAUCCUUGAGGAUGCCCGCUACCCGCAGAAAUAUCGGAUGCUGAUACCGCGUUUGGUAGACUGCAUCUUUAUGGAUGUUGCUCAACCCGACCAGGCGCGAAUAUUAGCUCUGAAUGCACAACACUUUUUGAAACAGAACGGUGGUUUUGUUAUUUCGAUAAAGGCCAAUUGCAUUGAUUCGACAGCGGACUCUGCUACUGUUUUUGCAUCGGAGGUGCAGAAGCUGAAGGACUCAGGGCUGAGACCGAAGGAACAGGCCUCGCUGGAACCGUUCGAGCGUGACCACGCUGUGGUUACAGGUUACUACAAAUCCCCCCCGCAAUAG